GCGAUCGGCAACAGUUGUCGUUUAGGGGCACGAUAUCAUGCCCAAGUUCAAAAUGAAGACCUGCCGUCCCAGCCAGUACUGUCGAGCUGUUCCGACUAUGUUGAGCCGAAGCUAGACGCGAGACAACUUGCGACCUCGAGACCGGGCCUCGACAGCAACAUGUCCGGAGCGAACCUACGUGCCACCGACACGAGCCCCACGCGUCAACCAAGACAAAAUCGCACCAACAGUGUGGGACUGCCAGCCCGGAGUUCCCUAUUCCAAGAUCCGUCAUUUUCAGUGGAUAAUGUCAUACCACCUCCACUACCAAGACGUCACUCGGCAACGCCGGCAAACGUCAAGCCACCGAUCCCAAAGCGCUCGCGUUACGAGCGGCCUAUCCCAGUCGUCCAGCCGCAACAGUCACACGCCCAGGCAUCCCAGUCCGACGAGUCGACGCACAUCAGGCCAAACUGGCAGGACAGCGUUUCGGGGCCCGGGGUGAGUUCCUACGAAGCUUCGCUCGAUGCCGAGGAGAAAGCCCUCAGGGAUCGGGCCCUCGAUCAGGCGUCCAAGGAUUUGAGCAAGAGGCUACGGAAGAUCAGUGGUACUGGCAAUUCUUUGAGAACGAGCAGGUCACCGAAGCGGGGCGACAAGGGCCAGCGAUCGCCGAUACGCCGGAGACAGCUGCUUCAGCAGCUGCACCCGAGAUCCGGUGACGAGGACGACGAGGACGAUGACGACGAGUCACCAUCAGACGCAAAGUUCGCCGAGAUGCGGGCGGCCUCGAGGCGACUCGAGAGCCGGCUGCACGAGCUCGAGGACAGUUGCGCCGCAAGCAGGCCAGAGGUACAUACCGUCCGGGGGAUUGAAAAACCAGAGAAGCUGCCAAAGGCGACUCAGACGAACCUGCCUCCGCCGCUCAGUUCGAUCGCGAGCUCCAUCCCCAGCCCAGCAGCCUCGGCGACCACGAAACCCGUCAACGCCAGGCAGGACAGCAACGUCUCGUCCGACAGUUUCAGCCAGACGAGCUCGCCCGGGUACAACAGCAAGGGGAGCAUGGAGCAGCCGUUGCUGCCUCACAAGCAGAGUAAUGGCAAGAUUCCGGGUAGAGCGAUGGCACCGGAGCCGGCGCAAAAUCCACCCGGGAGUCCGAUUACGAAAUCAAUAAGCACGCCCGUGAAUUUGCAGACCAUCGUCAGGAUUCAGAACGGCAGCAACAUGUCCCUACAUCAUCGGAUUGUUAAAGACAUAAGGAGGCCAAGCAGCCAUUACGUGACCAGAGGACGGCUUCACUUUCGAUCUAGCCAAGUAUUACUGAACGCGCUGGCAGUGCUAUUGAUUCUUUCAGGCUUGGCAGUCUACUACAAAGCCGUUGAAGUUAUCAGUGGGAACACAACACCUCCCUUGAUAAAUAACACUUCUUCAACAACAAGGUCAGUUCCAUUAAUAGUGGACAAGGGUAAUCCAGCACCUGGAGUCUGCUUACCAGUGAUCGUCAGCUUUUGUCAAUAUCACAAGAUUCCGUACAAUUACACUGUGUUUCCUAAUUUUAUGGGAAACUUCAGACAACGUGAUGCCCAGCACGAAAUCGAAUUUUUUGACGCUGUAAUUGAUGUGCAUUGCUACGAACUUGCGGCCCUCUUUUUCUGCAGCCUAUUUGUGCCAAUGUGCGGACCUAAGGAUGGAAUAAUGAUCAGGCCCUGCAGAAACCUCUGUUUUGAAACCAUAAGGCGUUGCAGUUUUUUUCUAGACGUGUUUGGUUUGACCAUUCCGAAUUACAUACAUUGUGAUCUAUUUCCGGAGAGCCCACAAUUAAAUGCCUGUGUCGGAUACCACGAAGUCCUUGAGGCAGCGAAGCGCGAAGCCAAACCAGUCUGUCCGAAGGGCUUUCAAUGCGACGAGAAGCGCUGCAUACCGCUGGACUGGCGCUGCGACGGCCACGUCGACUGCGAGGACCACACGGACGAGAUCGGCUGUGGCGAGUGCAGCGACGGCGAGCGCAAUGACCUCGUGGCGAUCAGCUCGAAAGGGGCCGGCCGCAAGACCAGCGUCAUCAGCCAGAGUGUCAAGAAUCAAGUGUUUGCCCCGGCCUCGUUGCACUGCGGCGGUCGCAGGUGCAUGUCUGCCACGCACGUCUGCGACGGCAUCAAGGACUGUCCUUGGGCUCAGGACGAGCGCAACUGUCUUCGAUUGAGCAGCAGAAAUGGUGACAUCGGCACGGGCCGCCUCGAGGUCUAUCACGCCAAAAAGGGAAAAUUCAUGCCUGCCUGCGUUGCGAACUGGAGGGAAUCGUUACCGAAAGAAAUUUGCUCUCGUCUCGGUUACAAAACGGUAAACUCCUCGACAUUGCUCAAGUCUGAGAGUAACACCAGCAUCGACAGAGUAAUAUCCACUGAAAGAAAACAUCGCGAUCCGCCAAUUCAGGAGCGCAAUAGGAACUUACUCCAAGAGUUUCAGAAGUGCCUCGACGAGAAAGACUACUCGGUCGUCGAUUUGAUCUGCACGGGCUACGAAUGCGGACGUCGGAGGAAUUAUCCGGACGAGAACGCGAGACCCCGCAAGAGGAUAGUCGGUGGGGUGGAGUCGGCGCCGGGCGACUGGCCCUUUCUGGCCGCCCUCCUCGGCGGGCCCGAGCAGAUUUUUUACUGCGCCGGGGUCCUCAUCGCCGACCAGUGGGUUCUCACGGCUUCUCACUGCGUUGGCAAUCGGUCCGAGAUAUCCGGCUGGACGAUACAGCUGGGAAUAACACGAAGGCACUCCCACUCGUACCUCGGCAAAAAGCUCAAAGUCAAGAGGGUCGUGCCGCAUCCGGAAUACGAUCAGGGCGUCGCUCACGACAACGACGUGGCUCUAUUUCAGCUGGCGCACCGAGUCGAGUUUCACGAGCACCUGAGGCCCGCCUGUUUGCCGUCGGCCAAUAUCGAUCUGGCCAACAAGGUCUGCACGGUCAUUGGCUGGGGGAAAAAGGAGGACUCGGACAACUCGAAGUACGAGCCAGCUGUGAAUGAAGUCAAUGUUCCGGUUGUCAGCAGGGAAACAUGCAAUUCGUGGCUGCUACACAAGGAGCUCAACAUAACCGACGGGAUGAUCUGUGCUGGGUAUCCGGAGGGUGGCAAAGAUGCCUGUCAGGGUGAUUCGGGUGGCCCUUUACUCUGCCAAGACGAGAACGAGGAAGAUCGAUGGUUCGUCGGCGGCAUAGUCAGCUGGGGCAUAAAGUGCGCGCACCCACGGCUACCAGGUGUCUACGCGUACGUGCCAAAGUACGUGCCGUGGAUACAGGCAAUGAUCGAAGAAUACUCGGACUCCUCGAAUAACGACUUCGGAUAGCACUCGGCCCGCGCCGAGACCAAAAACUCCGACGAUGCCGCCAAGCUCUACUACAACUGGUUCAUGAGAAGAGCCGGAAGGAAGAGACCCGAGAGGAGCACGAAGCGCUCGUAAGUGGCAGCUUUCAACGGCCGAUAUUUUAUUAGCGUCGAUCAAAAGUAUUUUUUAUACCCGAGGUAAAAUUGGUACGAGAUACGAACGACGAUGUGAUCGAGGAAACAUACGCCCGAUGCACAGAGGCAAUUUGUCCCACUGAAGAGAGAAAAACAAAAGAUGAAAAGUACACGUUAGUUUGAUGACAAAGUCGAUGAGUCAAUUUUUGAUUUUAGCUGUGACAAUAAUCUCGCUAUUGAGAACGCAUGGACGACAAUAAAUUAAAUCAAUGAUAAGUCUAGGAGCAAAAAAUUAUUUGGGGAAAAAAAACGAAAAAAAAAAAACAAAAAAACAAAAAAAAAGAAGAAGUAAAGAGAUGGGGGGGAGUUAGGGUUAAGUAAAAACGAAGCGAGAUGUCUAUUUGUGAUUUUAAUAUGUAUAAAUGUACGUGUCACUGUGAGUCAACCAUACGAUGCAAGUCGUCCAGCGACUCUAACUCAAGUUCGUUGCGAGUCAGUUACAUGUAUUGGCGUGAGAAUUAAAAAAUUCAUAUAUUUAGGUACAUAUAUAAAGGCACGGCGAUCCAAAAUAACAAUGAAAUAAAUGGAAACAUAUAGCAAGCGAAUGUUCUAGACAUGGAAGCAUGUAGAGAUUUGCAGAGUAAGCGUAAGUAUAAUCGACAAUAAGUUCUUGAACUCUCGAAUAAGCUGCGCGAGUCGCGUGACAAAUCAAUACAUCCAUCAGCUGCACCUGUCUUAGAUUCGACCGCACUCAUAGAUUCUAUAUAUAAAUUUUGACAUAUUUUUAUCCGACUGUUUUAUUGAUAAUGAUAUUUCGACGAAACUCGAAAAAAAAAAAAAA